AUGUCAUGGGCGGAGGAUGUGCUCCAAAAGCUUGACCGGCGGGACCGGAUAGAGCAGCAAGAUAGCACGUACUAUCGAGCGUUUACCCAGCUUCUUCUGAGGACGGUUCCCGAGGCAGCGGCGAUCCCAUACCCAGUAUACGAUGAAGCUAAAGUGACCCAAAUCGCCGCCGACCGCGACGCCCACGCCGCCCGUGUCAAGGAGCUUGAAGCCACCACGGCAAAAUUGACGGAGCGAGUCAGCCAAUUGCGGUUGGAGAUCAAGGAGAAAAACAACCAGAUCGAAGUGGUGAAUAACGAGCACUUGGCCCUACAAAUGCAGCUCUCAGUGACGGAGCAAAAGCUCGAGCAAUUGACUCAAGAGCACGACGCUUUGAUUAAACGGUGGAUGGCAAAGGCCGAAAGCGACGCCAACAUGAUGAACGCUGCCCUAGGGAAGCAACAAUAG